GCGAUUUGGAGGCCUCGCGUUGGGAGAAGGUGCGUCUGUGGAGGAACUUGGCCCGGCUCCCGCUGGGCGGGCGAACCCGAAGUCGGGCUUGGACCCCGGGCGCCAAAUCCUGGAUCCUGAACAGCACCUUCUGUCGAGAGCCCAGAGGAAAGAAUGGCUGUUACACAUUCAAAAGCAAAUCCCAAGACUCUGUUCUUCUCUAAGAUAGGAAUCCAGAGGAGGAUUGGUCAUUUCUUACAGCUCUAAAAAUCAUGGCUCAGACUUAUCCAUGAGAUGUUCUCUGUGCAGAAAAUACCUACAGCAACAGGAUUCCAAAAGCAACACCCUUGCACUUCAGAAGCACCAAUUUCUUUAGUGUAUCAUCCGUGUCAAAGGCUUCCUAAAUUUUUCUGUUGCCUCCUUUGUGGAGAGCUCCUCAUCUUCUCCCCCUCCAUUGAAAAAACACUGUCUUUUUUUCUACAAUUAGUAUUUUGUUUGUUGUUUCAGCAGUCAGUGAUGUUCAGGGAUGUUGCCAUUGACUUCUCUCAGGAAGAGUGGGAAUGUCUGGACUCUGCUCAAAGGGAUUUGUAUAGAGAUGUGAUGUUGGAGAACUAUAGUAACUUGGUGUCACUAGACUUGCCUUCAAGGAGUACAAAUAAGAACUUAUGUCCAACAAAGGACACAGAUGGACCAGAAUUAUCCCAGUGGGAAAUGAGUGCCAGUCUUGAAAACUGUGAUCUUGAGGAGUCCACUUCCAGAGAUUAUUUGGAAGUCAAAGGCACAUUGGAAAAGCAACAAGAAAAUCAGGAGGAAUAUUUCAGGCAAGGGAUGAUCAUAUAUGAAAGAAUGUCCAUUUUCAACCAGCAUACUUACUUAUCUCAACAUCCCAGAUGUCAUUCUACUGAGAAACCCUAUAAAUGUAAAGAAUGUGGGAAGUCCUUUAGACGAGCCUCACACCUAACUCAACAUCAGAGUAUUCAUACUGGUGAAAAACCUUAUGAAUGUAAGCAAUGUGGGAAGGCAUUUAGUCGUGAUUCACAGCUCAGUCUUCAUCAAAGACUUCAUACUGGUGAGAAACCCUACACAUGCAAGGAAUGUGGGAAAGCCUUUACUCAGAGCUCACAACUUAUUUUACAUCAUAGAAUUCAUACCGGUGAAAAACCAUAUAAAUGUGAAGAAUGUGGGAAAGCCUUCAUUCGUAGCUCACAACUUACCCGACAUCAAAAAGUCCAUACUGGUGAGAAACCUUAUGAAUGUAAAGAAUGUGGGAAGGCCUUCACUCAGAACUCACAACUUACUCUGCACCAGAGACUUCAUACUGGUGAGAAACUCUAUGAAUGUAAAGAAUGUAGAAAGGUGUUUACUCAGCUCUCACAACUUAUUCUGCAUAAGAGAAUUCAUACUGGUGAAAAACCAUAUGAAUGUAAAGAAUGUGGAAAAGCUUUUAUUUGUGGCUCACAGCUUUCUCAACAUCAAAAAAUUCAUAAUGGGGAAAAGCCAUAUGAAUGUAAGGAAUGUGGAAAGGCCUUUAUUCGUGGCUCAUUACUUAUGCAACAUCAGAGGAUUCAUACUGGUGAAAAGCCCUAUAAAUGUGAAGAAUGUGGGAAGGCCUUUAUCCGUGGCUCACAACUUACUCAACACCAGAGAAUUCAUACCAAUGAGAAACCCUAUGAAUGUAAGGAAUGUGGAAAGACCUUUAGUCAUGGCUCACAACUUACUCAACAUCAGAGAAUUCAUACUGGUGAGAAACCCUAUCAAUGUAAGGAAUGUGGAAAGGCCUUUAAUCGUGGUUCACUCCUUACUCGGCAUCAAAGGAUUCAUACUGGUGAAAAACCCUAUGAUUGUAAAGAAUGUGGAAAGACAUUUAGUCGUGGCUCAGAACUUACUCAACAUGAGAGAAUUCACACUGGUGAGAAACCUUAUGAAUGUAAGGAAUGUGGAAAAUCUUUUAUUCGUGGCUCACAGCUUACUCAACACCAGAGAAUUCACACUGGUGAGAAACCCUAUGAAUGUAAAGAAUGUAGAAUGGCCUUUACUCAGAGUUCACAUCUUUCUCAGCAUCAGAGACUUCAUACCGGUGAGAAACCCUAUGUAUGUAAUGAAUGUGGGAAGGCCUUUGCUCGUGGCUUACUACUUAUACAGCAUCAGAGGAUUCAUACAGGUGAGAAACCAUAUCAGUGUAAGCAAUGUGGGAAGGCUUUUAUUCGUGGUUCACAACUUACUCAACAUCAGCGAAUUCACACUGGAGAAAAACCCUAUGAGUGCAAGGAAUGUGGAAAGGCCUUUAGUCAUGGCUCUCAACUUACUCUACAUCAGAGAAUCCAUACUGGUGAGAAACCCUAUGAAUGCAAAGAAUGUAGAAAAGCUUUUACUCAGAGCUCACAUCUUUCUCGACAUCAGAGAAUUCAUACUGGUGAGAAACCAUAUCAGUGUAAGGAAUGUGGGAAGGCCUUUACGCGUGGUUCGCAACUAACUCAACAUCAGAGAAUUCACAUCAAUGAGAAAUCUUUUGAAUAUAAGGAAUGUGGGAUAGACUUCAGUCACAGCUCACAAGUUUAUAUAUGAAUCAUCUGAGUCUCUGAUUAAUAUAGUGUUCUCUGGUCAUUAAUUCAUUAUAAUCAAGGAAUUCUUAAAAUGUGAAUGAGGAAACACAUUUGCCUCUUAAAGUUCACCAUCAGUGAAUUUAAUAUGGGGGAAAGAUAAUGUAAUCCAUGUAGAAAAACCCAUACUUAUUGGAAGCCUGUUAAACUUUAAAAAGUUAUAGAGAAUAAUUUGGUUGAUGUAAUAAAUAUAGGAAGGCCUUUAGUCAUAGCAUAAGUCUUUUAAACAUUAUCUUGACUCUACCAGUUGCUUUCCUUUGUGACAGUUAUCAUGAUUAUUAAUCUCUGCAUUGAUUUAAUCAUUUGUAAAAUAGACCUAAAAAUAAUACCUUUCUUUUAAGAUGCUUGGAAACAUUAUAUGAGUUAUUACACAUAAAGCUCUUAGAACAGUGCCUUGAACAUUACAUAUCACAAAUGUUUGGUAUCGUUAUAGCUAGUGUUAUUUUAGAGAACUUGCAUGAGAGGAGGACACUUAAAAGUAUAAUGAAUAUUGAGAAAUCUUUCAUUAAUGCUUAGCCCUGAUUACCUUAGGAGAAGGGAGGACAGUCUAUACAGUGAUGACUGAGAAAGCCUCCACUCACAUCUCAUCACGUACCCCAUAAGAGGAAAUUCAUAAUGUAAAAACUAUAUUUAAUCAAUAGAUUGUUGAAGAGGUGUGACAAAAAUCCAAAAACAUUUUCUACCAUUUCUGAUCACAAUUCAAGAAUAUUACUUAGAAAUGAAAAUACUGGAUACCAAAAUCUUUCUACUAGGACAUUUUUUAAAAACUUGAAUGUACAGCUUUUGAAUUAAACUAAAAAUAAGAAUGACAUUACAGACUAUUUGUUAGAAAAAAUGAUGAGUCUGCCAGAGACUGCUCUUUGCCUACUCUAUGUCCAUUUUCCCUUUCAUCACAGAAUUCUUGCCUGAAAAACUAUCUCAGCUUCCUUUGCAUCAACAAGACGGCAAUGGUAUUUGUAUGAGUAGGACAUUUAAGAAAUACUUUUGCCUCUUUGCACUUCUUUAUUUCUCUGCCUACAGUGUGGACAUUUAACCUGCAGCUCUGGUGAUUUUAUGGAGACCUUGAGAGUAGUAUCUGGGUAUUAAGGAUGAUGGAGCAGAAAUACAGAACGAAUCUAAUCUACACCUGUGCUGAUUGUAUGGAACAACCAUACCAACUCUGGUCUGCCUGCCUCCUCCUGUAUUUCUUCAUAUAAAAUUAAAAUAAACUUAUUUGUUGA